AUGCAAGAUUUACCACCUAUCGGCGGCUACGACCCCGUUCAAUGGAAAAGGAACUUGCCAACACGAGGCUUCAGAGCCUCGAUAUACUUCUGGGGCAUUCUAGGUAUAUGCUCGUUUGGCUUCUACAGAUACUAUCAAGGCGUCGAUGAGCAAAGAGAGCUUACUCGUGAGAAGAGGUGGGCUAGGUUUUAUCUUGAGCCUUUGCUCGCUGCUGAAGACGACAGAAACACAGCAAGACGCUAUUUCGCCGAGAUGGAGAGACAGAAGUUGAUUAAGGAGAGUGCUACCGACGCCAAGGUGAAGGCAGCUAUUGAAGACGAGAUUUACCACGACAAGAGCAAGCAGAGAUUCCCUAAGUAUGUUGCUGGUCUCAAUCCCAAGGACAUAUAG